AUGGAGGAACAUCAUCAACGUGUGCGCUCUGACACGCGCCACAUGUACAUCUUCUCUCGUGUGAAGGAUUUCUUUGCCUGCGGUGAUGGUGAAGUGGCAGAUCGUCUCACGCAGCAGCUUGACAAGAACUUUGUUGACGGCUCCCCGAACUUUAUGGUGGUACAUGACAUGUUGGAGGGGCGAGGCGCCAACACCCUCAUUUUCACGUAUCAGCCCGAUCCGAACGAUUCAGAGAGCACCGAAGAUGUACUCGCUGUUAUUAAUCCGCUGAAGGAAAAGAUUCCAUGCCUCUCAAAGCGUUGUGUCUAUCUUCUCCGCCCGAAUAACGGCAAAGGAAUUAGCGCCAAGGACCCCGCGCAGGUCGUGCAAGAAAUCACCAUGGGAUCUUUGGACGCGAAUAUAUUGCAAAGCUACGAGAAUCUUCUUAUGGAAGUCUACACGCCGCUCUUUAACAAGCUUGGGAAGUGGGGCAAGAACUCGAUGGCAGAACGCAACCAGUUUAUUGUUCAUCUCCUGCGGUACGCGGACCGUGUCUCGGAGUUGCAGCAGCUGCAGGGGGAAAGCUAUGUGCUAGAUCCGGUGGAUGCGGAGACGUGGAGACUGCUACAGAGUGGUGGGGUGAAUAAGCGGGGUGGCAUCAAUGACCCUGUUCUUGUGCACAACCUCGCAACAACGGUGGAGGGGUGGAUCAAGGUCGUAUACGACGUUGUGACUCGGCCGCCAAAUUAUGAAAACGAACUGAACGAUGAAAAGGCCGGCCCAAAGACGGAGAUUUCCCUCUGGAAGAAUCGUCUGGCGAAGUUGCACCUUUUGGAGGAGCAGCUGGAGACGGUUGAGUCUUCACGCGCCGUGCAGUACUUGCGUGAGGCGAAGAGCCCAUUGCUGCAGCGGUGGACGGAGGUGGAUUUGGCACUCACCGAUGCCUUAACGGAGGCGCGAGAAAACGUGAAGUAUCUGCGUUCACUAGACAAGUAUCUUGAUGUAUUAUACUCCUCGGACAUUUCACAAAUUAUUAACAUCCUUCCAGCACUCAUUGCAAAUAUCCGCAUGAUGUACACGAUUGCUCGAUAUUAUUCAAGGCGGGAGUGUAUGACGGCACUGUUCUUUAAGGUUACCAACGCGAUUGUGCUGUCAUGUAAGGCGGCCAUUAAUCCAUCCGGUGUACGCAGCCGCAUCUGGGAAAGUGGGCAAGACCCUGAAAUGCUUAAAGAACUUUUGCGGCAGCUGCAGUUGAGUGUGGACUGUAACAAGGCCUACAAUGAGGAGUACAAGAAGGCACAAGAACUACUCGCUCGGAAAGAUGGAAAACAGUUUGACUUUGAUGAACUGAAGUUCAUGGGCCAUUUCAACCUCUUCACUAAACGUGUGGAUAAACUUAUCAGCGUAUUCAGUACGGUGGAUCAAUUCAUGAAGCUCAAGACCUACCAUAUUGAGCAGAUGGAAGGACUCAUUCCACGCUUUGAGGAGUACUUGGGGCAUCUGCGCGGCAAGACAACCGACAUUCUUGACAUCCAUGACAACAACAAGUUUGAUGUGGAGUUUAAAAUUUUUGAGCAUCGUAUAGCAGAACUAGAAACAUCCAUGCAGGUGGCUAUCAACUCCUCCUUUGAGAAUAUCACCUCCACCGACAACGCCCUGCAGCUUCUUGCGAAAUACCAACAUAUUCUAAAAAAUGAGGCCUUUGCCGCGGAUUUGGAGUCAAAGUACCUUGUCAUAUUCCACAGCUAUGGUAUGGAACUGGAAAAUGAUCAAAAGACAUAUGAACGGUAC